ACUUGUCAUGUCUUUCUGAAGGGCGUGACAUGUGUGGUAUGUUAAAAGGAUGGACUAACUACCCAGGCUUGCCUCGUCGCCAUGGAGAGGCAGAACAGUCACCAAGCAACUUAUUCUUCCCAACACCCAUUUGUGCACACGUUGAAACUGACCAGGGCGCAGUUAAUAAGGGGCAUGGUGUUGGGCUCCAUCCUCGUCCCCAUACGAGUUUUUCUGGCUGUCCUCUGCUUCCUGAUCAUGUGGCCUAUUGCCCGGCUCCGAUUGGCUGGCCUCUCAGAGGCGGAACGGUCCCGGCCAGUAACGACUGGGUGGAGGAGAUGGUUACUACACCCCAUCAUCUGGUUCCUUAGCCGGGCAGUGUUUUUCUUCCUGGGGUUCUUCUGGUUCCAGGUCAAAGGUUGUAGGGCGGGGCAUAAGGAGGCUCCUGUGUUGGCAGUGGCACCUCACAGUAGCUUCCUGGAUAUGUUGGUGCUGACGGAAACCCAGCUGCCUACGGUGGUGUCUAGAUCAGAGAACCAAAGCAUUCCCGUUAUAGGGGCCCUCCUGGAGUUUAACCAGUCAGUGUUGGUAAACAGGAAGAAUCCAGAAUCCAGGAAACGGGCUGUCGUUCAGAUCAAAGAGAGGCUCACCUCCAAUGGCUACUGGCCACAGAUGCUGAUGUUCCCAGAAGGCACCACGACGAACGGCACCACUCUCAUAAAGUUCAAACCUGGUGCCUUCCUAGCUGGAGUCCCAGUCCAACCUGUCCUGCUGCACUACCCCAACAAACUGGAUACUGUGCGCUGGACCCACAGGGGAACUACCUGGGUUGAGGCAUUGUGGCACACCUGCUCUCAGCUCUACACUAACGUUACUGUUGAGUACCUGCCAGUAUACACCCCCUCCCAGGAGGAGAAGGAUGACCCUAAUCUGUAUGCAGACAAUGUCCAGAAACUCAUGGCCAAGACCCUGGGCAUCCCGGCGACAGACCAUGUGAUGGAGGGGCGUGUUCCUACCAGAAAACUGGGAGGGCUCUCCCUCCCCCUUGAACCACCUGCCAGAGAAACUCUCUCUCUGCUGCAUAAAGACGGUCUCAGAGAGUUCGAGGUGGAGGCAGCACUGAGUAAGAUAAUUGACAGGUGUCAGUCAGAACAGGGUUGGAGGGCUGGUGUGGAUGAGCUGGCACCACUCCUGGGACUGACAGACAGACAGACUGCUGCUAAGAUCUGUGGACUCUACUCCAAGGAUGACAAGGUGGACCUCAGACAGAUCUAUUUAAGUGUGACAUCAGUCUCUGGGCUUCUGGGAUUUAAGUCCCUCCUUCACACUGCAUUCACUCUGUAUGACAGAGAGUGUAGUGGCAGUCUGACUGCAGUGGACGUGUCUGACCUGAUGGGGGCGCUAGUGGGGAGUCCUCAGUACCACACAGAGGAACUGUACACUGAACUGUCCUUGAGAGGAGCGCCCACCGAACAAGACCUGUUCAGUGUGCUGACCACCCACCCCACCUAUCAGAAACUGAUCAGCGAGUACUUCACACCUGAGGGGGUGGAGUCCUCACCACCAUCCUCUCCUCUGACCAAAGGGAAGGCAGGGAACAACAAUGCAGGAUCGCCUAGCGACAACAGAUCGGCCUUGCCUUACAAAACGGCUGAUAACGGCUCUCCUCUGCCCAGUAAGAAGAACGACUGAGUGAAGGAACUCUGAAGCAUACUGAUAGAAUUCCUAGCAUGGACUGGGCAGUUAUUACGGAUUAAUCUAUAUGGGUGAGCUUACUUACAAAAAUGGCUGCCGGUUAUACAUCGACUUGAAUGGGGAUCCCCUUCUAGGAAUUCUAUUUCUAAUGGGGCUUACGCCAUUUUGUGAAAUUGAAGAAAAACCUAAGGCAGCUCAACAGUAUCGACAGAUAUGCCACUAUAACACGCUGUUCUCUAAGAAAUCAAAGGGAACGACUCAUAGUGAACUAGUGCAUAUGUCUUUCAGAUGGGUUAUAUGUGGUCUUUUAAGACUUGUUUACAAUGUCAUAGCUACAUAGCUAGCUAUGAUUGUUACACAAUUCUCUGGAUCUGCCUGUCAAGAUGCUGGGAAAAUAGUAUCACGGUAGUGUUUAUUUAUAAAUGUAAUACGAUUUUAAUCAAAUUAAGUGUGUCUGUCUUAUUUUGUACGGCUUGAAAUGGGAUGUGGUAUGUGAAUUUGUAUUGAUUUAAUGAACAAAAUAUACAAACCAAAUGAUUAUGUAAAUUACUAUUCUCAGGAUUUUGUAUUGUAUUUUACAUUUAAUCUAUUAAACUGAAUAUUAAACAUUGGA